AUGACCCUGCAACCAUUGACUCCAGUGAACUGUGCAGGCCUUCUACAGCCCGGGUGUUCACUGCUGCAGCUGGAUGGUGAAGUUCUUCUGUUUGGCCAGAAAGGCUGGCCAAAGCGUACCUGCCCAACGGGAGUUUUUGGGGUCCGACUAAAACAGGAUGACCUCAAGCUCCGGGCCAUCUGCUUCUCGAGUGACUCCUGCUACAUUCCUCCUUUGCGCUGUCCUGCUGUGGGCCGCCUCGACCCUUAUGAUGGGUACGCAGAGGGUUACCUCAUUCAUGGCGGCCGCACGCCUAAUAAUGAGAUCUCUUCGAGCCUGUACAUGCUGACCCUGGAUAGCCGUGGUUGCAAUCGCAAAGUGACCUUGCGCUGCCAGGAGAAAGAGUUGGUGGGAGAACUACCAGGGGCCCGAUACGGCCACACACUGAGCAUGGUUCGCAGCCGGGGAAAGAGUGCCUGCGUGUUGUUUGGGGGUAGAUCUUACAUGCCAUCAGGAGAGCGGACCACAGAAAGCUGGAACAGCGUCGUCGACUGUCCCCCUCAGGUGUUCCUUAUUGACCUGGAGUUUGGCUGUUGCUCUGCUCACACUCUACCCGAGCUGAGUGAUGGACAGUCCUUCCAUCUGGCCCUUGCCAGAGAGGAUUGCGUCUACUUCCUGGGUGGUCACUCCCUAGCUUCUGACUCCCGCCCCCCUCAGCUAUUUCGCUUGCGCGUCGAGCUUCUGCAGGGCAGCCCCAUGCUCUCCUGUGAGGCCCUAUAUACUACUAUGUCCAUCUCCAGUGCCAUAGUCUCCCGAACAGGUCCCGCUCACAGAUACAUUAUCUUAGGAGGGUAUCAGUCAGACUCUGUGAAGAGGAUGGGAUGUAGCUCAGUGGUGCUAGAUGAAAAGGGGAUCCACAUUGAGCCCUUAGAACCCCCGAACUGGACUGCAGACAUUAGACAAAGUCGCACCUGGUUUGGAGGCAGCUUAGGGGAAGGAACUGCCCUAAUAGGGGUUCCAACUGAGGGACGGUCAGCCCAGACAGAUGUGCAUUACUUCUACCAGGUGUCCUUCAAGAAGGAGGGAGAAGGCGAAGAGGUGGAAGCAACCCAGGGCUGCAGCCAAGAAUCGACAGAUUAUGAGGACUCGACGCCACUGGAAGACUCUGAGGAGCUGUACUUUGGCCGCGAGCCCCAUGAGCUAGAGGACAGUAGCGAUGGAGAAGGGGAUACUUACAAUGAGGAGGAUGAGGAGGAUGAAUCCCAAACAGGCUACUGGAUCAAAUGCUGCCUCGGCUGCCAGGUGGACCCAAACACUUGGGAGCCUUAUUACUCAACUGAGCUCCACCGUCCAGCAAUGAUCUUAUGCUCCCGGGGGGAGGGUGGCCACUGGGUCCAUGCACAGUGCAUGGAGCUGUCCGAGACCCUGCUGAUGAAGCUCUCUCAGGGCAACAGGAAGUACUUCUGCCUGGAGCAUGGAGGUCUGCCCUGCCAGGAAAUGACCCCACCUCGGCAGGUGCUGCCUCUAAAGCGCACCCCCUUGAAAAUGAAGCAAAAGAAAACCCCUCUCACAAUUAAGAUGAGCCCUGCCAAAAAGAGUUUCUUUAGACGGCUAUUUGACUGA